UUUCUUCACAAAAAUGGCGUCAGAAAGUUUGGUGAGCGAGUGUUGUAGAAUUUCGGCUUGAUUAACGAUACAAUAUAUCGUUCUUUUCUUAAUUUAACAUUGUAAAUAAUUAAUGUAGAACUUGUACAUUAGUUUAACGUUAAAAUUAGCUUCGUAACGUUACCUUUAGUGACUAAAAAGUGCCUCUGUAGUUUGUGAAUAGAUUGUCCCCACAUUUUUCGGGAGCCAUAUUAAUGACUUUUUAAAGCGAAUUUACCGACUUUUAAGGCUUUUCUCGAUUUAAAUGAGAGAUGGGAUGGGCCAGAAUCCUAUAACCUCUCCGACGGUUGUAUUGUUAGACCGCUCUCAAUAUGGACCCGGUGGGCCCUUGGUAUGCCUCUUAUAACAGAUUGGCGGCGGGGGAACAUCAUCCCCUGGCCGCUGCGGCCGCUGCUGCCGCCGCAGCUGCCUCAGCUACGACUACAGCAACAUCGGCAGCACCCACUCAUACAGCCGUCCUGCCCGGAGGGUUUUUGUCCCCUCCCACUGUGGGAUACGAUACUGUGUUCAGUCCGUUGUUUCAUGGGGCCGUAGCCGCUAGUGGGGCCAAGCCGCAUUAUGUUGCACAGGUAACUCAACAACAUCGUGCUUUAGCUGCCCAAGUAGCUUCUAAGCAAGCGAGCGAAAAUGCCGAAUUUCAGCCUCAAGCUCAAGCUUUCUUCGAUCAGGGGGCGCAUGCCUGGCAACAAAACAGCCCCUUUGGUAUAUUGCCCCAUGAAAGUGUCGUGGCGACCUCAACUGGAAAACCUGUGCCAGUAACGCUUACGGAAGUGAACAGUUCCAAAGCGUUCACUUCCUCGACCACUACCAACUUGCAACAGUCGUGCAUCGUGACCUCGCCGUCGACAACGAAAGAGUAUCGGGUGCCUCAACCGCAAAAUCGGGCAUUUUUAAGUUCACCAAAUCCACCGGCGAGACCGUUGGAAAAGUCGUUCACGUCACCGCCGGCGAAACAGCAGAGCGCCCCGCAAAUUCAGACGAAAGCGCAGACUAAAAUUUAUUCGGAGCUUGGUAGUCAAAGGGAGCAACAGCAGCAGCAACAACAACAACAGCAAAGGCCGAACAUUUCUUCGCGGAGCAACGAGGAGCCGCAGAGUCAGUCGUCUCCGAUCAGUUUUUCCAUAAUGGACGCCCCAGGACGUUUAAACUAUUCGGGCAGUAACGCGUCGGGCAAACGACCGCCGCAUUUCCAGCAUAAUUACAGACACUAUCAGCCCCAGCAGCCCCAAAGCGGUACUCCGGAGGCGGAUUUCCAGAGGCCCAAAAGCGGACCGGACUAUCAACCGAGUUCUAACGGUUCCGAAUGCAACGUUGCCGUACCCCGCAGGCCCAGUCCGUUACAGGCGCAUUCUCAGGCAUCGCCGCUCGGCCACGCCCAAAGUCCGGCCUAUCCGAUGUACAACAGUCCCAUGAAUUCAAUGUCUUCGCCUCAGCAAAAUUCUAGUAGUCAGCAGGUUGCACCCCCGUCACCUCUAGACGUCUCGGUGCCACGCCCCAAUUCGCAAACCGGCGGCAACGUCGCGUACCCGUCGGUUAUAACUAGAGCUUUAAACUCCGACAAGGCCUUCCCCGAACGGUACGAGCACGCCAAUCAGCCAAAUCAACAGCCCAGUCAGCCUUGCUGGGACGAUAGACAAGGACAGCAACAGCAGCAACAACAACAACAAAGAAAGUUCCAGAGUGCCCAAUCGAAUACGCAGUCGAAUUAUAGUAAUUCUAGCCUAGAAAUUAGCGCUGGCCGACAAGCUGCUGAUGGUCAGAGGCAGCAGUAUUUCGAUUCGAACAGUGGACAUCAGGUGACCUUACAAGAUCUCUCCGCGUGUAGAGGCGACCCGAUGACCAUAGUAAAAAAUCUUCAACAGCAGCAGCAAACUUGCCAGGUACCCCAAGUGGAGAUCAAACAGGAGGUGAUCCCGAAACCGCCGCCGAUCAAGCGGCGAAAAAGCGUGGAAAAACCGGUACCGCCUCCACCGGCGCCUGCCGAAGUACAUCCGCCAAAUCGGGUUCCUCCUCCAGCUCACAGUUCUGGGGCGAAUCAGCAGCAACAAAACGGCGUCUAUUUCGAGUUCGACCGGUGGAAUAUUCCUCCGCCCGCUUCCAAGAUUUUCAGCACUCAAGCGGCCGCCUUGCAUCAGCAACACCAGGGUUUGAUGGUACCUCAUCCGCACGGGCAUCAUCCCCCGCCGCCCUUACCGUAUUUUGCGCCGUUCCAUCUCGCGAAUCACCCGGGAGAGUUCCCGUCCACGGUGGAACUAACCCCGUUGACGAAUUAUAACGAUCAGGCGGCGCAGCAACACGCGGCGGUUCAGCAACAGCAUCAGCAGCAGCAACAACAACAGCAACAGCAGCAACACCAGCCGCCGCAACAGCAACCGCCCCCGCCGCCUCAACAACAGCCCCAAUAUCAACAGCCGGACGAUCAACCGAAAGUGGUGGUGCCGAAUAUCGAGGAGGAGUUGAACUUUUUGUCCAGCGAAACUGUUCCUCGUCCCCAAGUGAUGAACCAUAGUCUAAAUAGAGCGGCCGCGCCUGGACCGAAACCGUUGGACAAAGCAAUUUCCGGUCCAGGCGCGGGUUUCAUGAGCAGCUACCUCAAAUUCUUACAGGGAGAAAGGGACACGUCGCCGCCACCCGUUAUGAGAGGUGGUCCGGGUAGGAAACAAGCGACGAACACGUGGACGCGAAGACCGACGGACGAAACGAAACCGCCGCCCCAACCGGGGGGACCCCCGGUUCCGCCCGAUACCAACGGAGCGGUUGCGGGCGGCACCGUUUUACCGAACUUGUCAGGACCACCUCCAGGGGUCACCCGGUUGAAUACCAGCGGUGAUCCCCAGGACGAUCCUAGGUACUUCCCGUUGCCGAAAGAGCGAAAAAAGGGCUCGUUCGACAGCUCGGAUGACGGUUUCAGUUCGGACGAUGAAUUUUUCGGACCGCGGAAAUCGCAAAACCCCAAUAUGCGAGUGGCUGUGGAUCCAGUUAGGGACAGGGAAAGGAUGGAAAAAGAGCGUGCCGAGCGUAUGGAACGGAAAAAACACGGUAGGCCCUGUAAACCCGGCGGCCCCACCGAAAAAAAGAGACUGAAAAUGUUGGAAAGGGAGAAGAAGUUAGAAAAGGCUAAAAGAGAACGAAUUAGAGUAAAACCGGAAGAUGUCCCGAAAAGAGAACAAAAGAAGCGCGAAGCGAAAGGCAAAAACAGUUUAACGGACAUAAUUAAGGACGCCGAUGAACCGGACGAACCGCCCGAAUUCCAGGACUCCGAGGAUUCAGAUCCGGCGUGGACGCCGGCAGCCGUUGUCGACGAGGAGGACGUGAUGCCCGUUAAGAAAAAGAAAGGAAGGCCCGCAGGAUCGAAGAAUAAAAAGCCAAGAAACUUAAUAGCGGCGGCCGCGCAAGGAGCGGGCAUAAACGACUCCGACGGUUUAGGUUUCGUGAGCGAACACCAUCAAGCGAACAAUAAAAAAUCGAAAGUUAAUCAUAAGAGUAAACCGGCGGUGCCGACGUUAGAGGACAACAUUGCCGCAUCGAUGCAGAAUAAUUUAAUCGCCGUUAAUGAUGACAAUCCUUUUAAGACUGGUGAAUUCGUUGCCAUAAAAUCAGAAUUAAUCCAGGAAUGGCCGGCCAUAUGGCGGGUGGACGGCAAAACGCUACUGCAGAAGUACGAACCCUUCGAGCAAAACGGCGGCACGUUAUAUAGGAAUAUAUCGACGUAUACGUCGUGGACAUCGGAGAGUAAAAAGCAGUACGUGUCCGUGCCGGUGAAGUACAAAUCCCAAAGUCAUUUAGAGACGAUCGUCGAAUUUUUGAAGAGCGAAUUGACGAUAACCGAUCCGAAGAUGCAAGAGGAAUGUAUGAGGCGAAGCGAGAGUUAUCAGGACAAUUUCGAGGUGUAUAUACAGACGUUGAUCUCACAGGCGCUCGAUAGUAAUUUCCUUAUGGAGAUUUUCCAAGAGAAAGACGAGUACUUCCUGACGAACGUCCAAACCAUCGACGAGGUAACGGAGAGCAAAAAGCAAAAACUGUUGCAACUGGUACGAUGGCCGUCCAAUUUACAAACGGCCGUCUGCACGUGGCCCUGUUUCAACGUGAUGAGGGAUCAGCACGCGGAUACGCAGUCGUCGCGUGCGUGUUCGGCGUGCGCGCGCGACAACGUCGCCGCCCGAGUGCUCAUGUACGGACAACCGUACAAUCCGACAACGCUGGAGGGAUGCCCGCCCGAUCCCAAUGCCAUUAACGAGAAGGAUUUCUUCAUGUGUAGAAUAUGUGUGAGUAGGGUGGAGCUGGCGAGCAAAGUGAUCCACCAGAAAUACCUAAUGUAUAUAGAGUGUGCGAAGAGAGUGAAUGAAAAACGAACGUCUGAACCCACGAAAGACACCACUUGUAUAUUAAAUGAAUUGUUGGCCGAUGAAAAGUGGCUUAAUCAGCUCUUUUUAGAAGUGAGAACGGUAUGGUCGGAAAUAGACUGCAUAGAACACAGUUAUAGUAUGAAACCGGUACAGUGAAUAACUUAGUUAUAAAAAGACACUUAAAAUUAAAACGGAAAAAAUCAAAAUUGUGUAUAGGAGAGUUUUAUAAAGUGAUGAAAACGGAUGAUUUGUAAUAUUAUUAUUAUUAGAUUAUUAGGAAUCAAUACACGUAUACAUAUAAUGAGAACGUAUAUAAUUUUUUUAUUAGCGUCUAUGCUACUUUUAAUGUGCUCUAAAAGUAUUGUUUUUUUUUGUUUUCUUUUGAAACGUGAUAUUCCUUAUUAUAUUGUAAAUCCUUUGGCGAUUGUUUAUUUAAUUUUUUAGGGGCACAACUCAAUAAAAACAGAAUAUUUCUAGA